GUCUGUUGCCAACAGAAGCAAACAGCUUUUUCACCAACCUCCCAUGGCCUCCAAUUUGUGGCGUAAAGCACUGUUAUGCAACAUCAAUCCCAAACCUAGAUCUCCUUAAAUCUUGCAACCAUACCUGCAUGUUUGUUUGCAAAAUGCCGAAUCUAUUUGGCUUCUUCGAUCCGGAUGCGGUGAAUCCCACUUUCCAGGCCGUAGCGGCUCUGGCUGGCAUCGGCAUCGCAAUGUUGUUCUACCGCCUCUAUCAAGUCCGGAUGAUGUUCAGAAUCGCUGCAAAGCAGCCUGGAGUUGUACGUGUGGUCGCAAUGACUCUACCUGAGUCUCUGGAAUGGCCCCUGCCUAUUGCUCCGUUUGAAAUACUGACCGCUUGCGAUGCAUGCAAAACCUGCCUAUAUUGCCCGAAACCGCAUCAGUGAAGUUCGCUGAUGUCCAUCUAGUUUUUGAUGCCCCAUUCAUUCCUUUUCGGCCAUCUAGUUGUAUUCGCGAAGCUUGCUAUCAAGAAGAAGAUGCCUAGAGAUGCUUCUGGCCAAAGUAUGCCAUUGCUUCUGGCCCAAGAAUACCCGGAAGCCCUGAAGGCUGGCUGUAUCUAUAUGGACGUUUGGCCGAUAAGCGCGCCAAUGCUGGCCGUGUUUCAUCCGGACAUGAUGGCCCAAUUCACGCAGGAGGACAGUCAGUUGAAACAUCCAUAUAUGCAUUCCGAGUUUCUACCGUUCACUGGUGCCAAGGAUCUUGUGUGUUCCGAGGGUAGAGAAUGGAAAGCCGGUCGAGCGAUCUUCAACCCCGGGUUCUCGACAAGGAACUUGCUAUCACUGAUCCCGAACUUCAUUGAGGAGGUAUUGGUAUUCAGAGACCAUUUGUUUGACUUUGCAAGGAAAGGCAAUGUCAUCAAUCUGGAGCAUGCGACAACUAAUCUGACUGUUGACAUCAUCGCACGGGCGGUCCUAGGAGCACGCGUAAAUGCCCAAAAUAAGCCAGUCAAAUUUCUUGAAACCAUGCUGGAUCAAGUUAAACUACUCUACUUUGACCUCGACCUGAAGAAAGCUUUGAACCCCCUUCGACCCUUCCGUCACCAUGCUCUCAACCGCACCUUUCGUAACGAGAUGAUGCCGUACGUGCAGCACGCUGUUCAAAAUUACGAGAAGAUUGAAGGUCCAAAGACAAUCUUGAACCUUGCUUUGAAGUCCUACGUUGAGGAAGUGCAGGAUGUCUCCACGCGAGGCAACAUACCGCCUGAAUUCUUGGACCUGGUCAUCAACCACAUCAAGAUGUUUCUCUUUGCUGGCCACGACACUACUGCAACUACAAUGGCUUACGCUUAUUUCGAACUAUACAGCAACUCUUCAAAGCUGGCAUUGCUGCGUGCUGAGCAUGACUCUGUCCUCGGUACAAAUGUGCUUGAAGCAGCAUCCCGUAUAGCCGCUGACCCGACGCUCUUGAACCAGAUGCCCUACACGCUCGCCGUCGUCAAGGAGACGCUCCGGCUGUGGCCCGUUGUGGGGACCGUUCGCAUCGGCUCAAAGGGCUUCAUGCUUCACAACCGGGAAACUGGAGUUCACUACCCUGCAGAGGGGUUCAUGCUGUUUGGCUGCUCUGCUGCUGCGCACCGCAACCCAAACUUUUGGCCUGACCCCGACGUCUUUAUUCCUGAACGGUGGACUAUCCGCGACGAGAACGAUCCUCUCCAUCCGGUGAAGAACUCGUUCAGACCGUGGGAGCAAGGACCUCGGAACUGCAUCGGACAAGAGCUGGCAAGCUUGGAACUGAGGCUCAUUCUAGCGUUGACAAUAAGAGAAUUUGAUAUGGAGAUCGCCUAUCCGGAGGAUGCAGAAACAUUUCAGGGCAUCAAGCAUUAUCAGAUCCACCCGGCCGAAAUGAUCACUGCCCAUCCGAAGGGUGGCAUGCCCGUUAGAGUUAACAUUAGAUCUUGAGGAGCAUAUCGCAAGUCACGGCACUUGUACAUAACUCUCGAGAGCGACUUGUGCGCAUGUUUAGACAGCCGGGAAAGACUUUCAGGCAUAGAGUGGGAAGGAGGGACACAGAUGCGUAGACAAAAGUAGAUAAUUAAUGCAAAAGAGCGGGACAUACUCUUGGAGAUGUAC